AUGACGUUACCGCUUAGCCCGGCGGGACGGCCCAGCGGCAGGAAUCGCGUUGCCGACCAUGUGCGUUCCAUCGGCGCCGAAACUCGCGAUGCCAGCCAACCGGUACGGCGGCUUAUCAUCAGCAAGGUCGUCCUUCGCAACUUCAAGAGUUACGGAGGAACCACCGUCAUAGGACCAUUCCACAAGAGGUUCACCUCCAUCGUCGGCCCCAAUGGCUCCGGCAAGAGCAACGUCAUCGACGCGAUGCUGUUCGUGUUCGGCUUCAGGGCGAAGCAGAUGCGAUUCAGCAAGUUAUCGGACCUCAUCCACAACUCGCAGGCAUACCUGCAGCUCAACAAGGGGCGACCACUGGACUCUAUGGAGGUUGCGGUGCACUUCUGCGAGAUCAUAGACAGAGACGCCGAUUCAGACGAGUUCGAGGUGGUGCCGGGCAGCGAGCUGGUCAUCUCACGAGAGGUACACCGCGACAACUCGUCGCGAUAUCGCAUUAACGGCCGCACGGCCACGCAAAAGGAUGUUUCGAACUCCCUGAAGGCAUUCGGGAUGGACCUGUACAACAACCGGUUCCUGAUACUGCAGGGAGAAGUAGAGCAGAUUGCGCAGAUGAAACCCAAGGCAACAAAACCAGAGGAGGAAGGGCUCCUGGAGUACCUGGAGGACAUCAUCGGAACAAACCAGUACCUCGAAGCCAUCAAGGAGGCUCAAAAGUGCUACGACGAAAUGCAAGACCAGUACCAGGAGCGCUUCAACAGAGCGCGUGUUGCGCAGAAGGAAGUGGAGGACAUGCUCGAGCCCAAACGGGAGGCCGACGCGUAUUUGGCAAAGGAGAAAUCGUUAUUGCAUGCCCAAGCAAUUCUGGCCAGAAAGGAACUCUCCAUUCUCUCAGACCAGCAUGUUGAAAUUACUGGCAAGCUGGCAACCCUUCAGGAGCAGUGCAACAGCGCCACUGCGGAGCUGGAGGCCGUGCGCAAAGAGCGCGACACGGCGUUGUCAGCCAUAAAGGGCGUAGAAGGCGAACUCUCCCAGGCCAACAAAGUGCACAAACGUCUAAUGGGGAGUCUGCAACGGAUGAUUGCGAAGGACGAGGAUCUGCGGAAACAGCUGCUGCGCGAGGUGACGAAGGUAGAAGAAAAAACCGCCGGCAUAAAACGCGCAAAUAGCAACAAACCGAAGCUUGAAAAGGAAUUCCAGGAGAAGAUAAAGCAAAGCGAAGAGCUUCUCAAGCAGUUACCGAGCGUCCAGGAGGAACUAGACAGUGCCGAACGGGCACUAGAGGCGCUCACCGAGACUUUGAAACCGGAGUUGCUUGAGGCCAACCGCCAGCUGGCCAAGCACGAGUCGGAGCUUGCACCUCUGCAGCAGGCGUGCGAUCAGGCGCAAAAGGAGGUUAGCGUUCUCAAGUCGUCGAUCGACCUGCUCGAGAAUAAGCGCAAAGGGGCGAACGAGAUGCUCAAAACUCUGAAAGACACGGAACAGAAACUGACUAAGUCGCUUAAAACACACAGCGAAGAUCUGGAGCGGCAGGAAAAAGAGCUGACUAAGCAGCGUACCUUGUUCGAGACCAACAAGCGCCAGCUCGCUGAACUAGAGUCUACUGUACGGGAUAAAUCGCAUCGGUGCACGCAGAAACGUGGAGAAUACGAAAGUAUGAAACGCGAAUUAGAUGACAUUAUGGGAUCGAAAGACCAAUACGGUUACAUCAUGGGGCUCGUGGCCACUGGCAAGAUCAGGGGCGUCCACGGGCGACUGGGAGACCUGGGAUCGAUAUCGCCUGAAUACGAACGCGCAUUCAUGGCGGCGGGAGGCGGUCAAGUCGACGUUAUCGUCGUGGACACCCCCGACGUGGCGUCGCAGGUGUUCGAUGAGCUCAGAAAGCGCAAUCUGGGCCGGAGCUCCGCAAUGGCGCUGAGCGUACUGAACCACGACCUAAAACGUCAAAUGGAAGCCUUCGAACGCAAAUCACACAGCGAUCUUCCUCCUGAUGUGCAGUACCUCAUCCACCUGGUGAAACCCAGCGAUCCCAAGUACAAGGUAUGCUUCUACUCGGCGCUGCGGGAGACGCUGCUGGCACCGGACCUGGAAGUGGCUACCAGGGUGGGCUACCAACAGCGGCGCCGUGUUGUCACCCUCAACGGCGAAUUAAUAGAACCCGACGGGCGCAUGAGUGGCGGUGGUAUCAAGCCGCCGAAGAGUGGCGGCAUUAACACCAAGGCUGACGGCGGCAGCGGCGCUCAGGGUGGCAGGCCUGUUCUGGAUGCGGCCCAACUGGAACAAUUCCUGAAGGAGGUUGAAAAGGAAACAUCGGAAUUAAAUGCCCUGAAACGCCAACUGACGGAACUCACAGAGCAGCAGGGGAUGCUUUCCAGGACCAUCAGCGAGCUGCAAUACGGCGUGGAGAUGCUGAAACACACCGUGGUAAACGAGGAAUUGCAGCUAAAUGAGCUAUUAGAACGCAUAAAAGCCAUAGGCACCGAUGAGAGAGCAUCACGGGAUAUCGAAAAGUUGGCCGCCAUGCAGUCGGAGCUAAAUGCCAAGGAGAAAGCCGCCGUUGCAGCGGCAGCAAAGGUGGCCGCACAGGAAAAGUUUGUGGCGGAAGCCUACGCAGCUGUGGAUAGGGUCGGCAAGGGAAAAUUGAAAUCCGCGAAAGACCGUGUCGCGGAUCUCGAGACGAAACUAUCGGAGAUGCGCACUGCCAUCGAACGGAUGCGCAAACAGGCAGCGUCGCUGCAGGCCGACGCGGACAAGUGCACGCGCGACACGGAGAAAUUCACGAAGGAAAUAGAUCAACACAAGGUCCGUGAAAGUGAGCUAGAACGGCAACUCAACGACCUCGAGGAGGAGGCUGCUGGGGUUACCAAUGAGAUGAACGGGAUAAACACGCAGAUGGAGGAGCUUAACGCAAAGAUCAAGGAGCUAAACGAAGGCCUAGCCGCCCGAAACAAGCGCAUAGAGGAACAUGAUCUGAAGUUCGUCGACAUGCGCCACAGCAUCGACGAACUGUCGAAAAAACUGAAGGCGUGCGAACACCAGCUCCAAGAGCGCCAGGAGAAGCUACGAGGGAUACUCGAAGCAUACCGGAAAUCGUGCGCACUCAUCCAACGCAGCAACGAGGCACAAAAGCUCUUAUCGCAGGAUGCAUCCAGCGACGGCACCGGAGCCGACCCGCCGAACUCGUUGGUUUUCAUCGACGAUGAGGACGCCAAGCAGUCUGGCCGCGAGACAAAUGAGGCCAUGGGAGAUGCACAGUCGAACAAUGCGGAUGCAGCUGUCGGGAACGACGGUGCAGCUGACGCAGCCGGCGAACAGGACACCGGAGAGACGGGAAGCGGCAAAAACAGUGUCAACCACAAGGCAAAUGGCAAAUCAGCCAUCAAGGUGGAGGCGACGGAUGAGAGCGAUGCUCGGCCGGAGAACGCCGGUGAAACCCAGUCGGAUGAAGACGACCCCUCCACCACCCCGAGCGACGCCGCAUUGAUACCGUUGAACGUCAACGCCCUGCGCGAAAAAGUGGAAAUGCUGAAAAAGCAGAUAGGCGCGGUACCCAACCUUGGCGUGCUAGAUGACUUCGGACUAAAGGCGCACGAGUACAGCCGCAAGCGCCAAGAACUGACUUGCAUUCAGGAACGACGUGAAGAGGCCAAGCGCACAUUCGACCAGCUGUGCUUCAAACGCAAGAACGAGUUCCUGCUGAACUUCGCGAUCAUCGCGGCCAAGCUGAAGGAGAUUUACCAGUCCAUCACGCUGGGCGGCGACGCCGAACUGGAGCUUGUGGAUUCCACGGAUCCCUUUACGGAGGGGAUACUGUUCUCAGUGCGUCCCGCGCGUAAGAGCUGGAAGCAGAUACAGAACCUCUCUGGCGGGGAGAAGACGCUGAGUUCUUUAGCUUUAGUGUUCGCGCUGCAUCAUUACAAGCCCAACCCUGUCUACUUCAUGGACGAAAUAGACGCCGCGCUCGACUUCCGCAACGUCAGCAUCAUCGCACAGAACAUCAAGGAACGCACCAAAGAUGCGCAGUUCAUCAUCAUCUCCCUACGCAGCCAGAUGUUCGAGCUGUGCAACCAGAUGCCUUCCGCCUGCUCGCGUUGGCGGUCGUGCGGCCUUCCGGCCGACGCCGCGAAAUACAACUUCCCGAACACCAGCCAUUCGGAGUUCGCAAUGGAGAAUUUAUUCAGUGACGAUGAGUCACCCGAGGCAGACAGCAAGGAUUCCGGCCCCUUGGAGCUGAUGCCGGAUCUCAAGCUGGAGCCUCCGGCCAUGAAAACCGAUAAUGAAGAUCAGGACGACGACGGCAUAGACAUCUGCAGUUCAGCGGCUCUCCUGGAGCUCGCGGAAUCCAACCCCGCGCUGCUCAUUCCCAGCGUUCUGCCUGAACCGAAGGAAAUCAGGGCCGCGGAGUCUAGCGUUAUGGAGUUUUUCAACACGCCAGGCACUCAUUUCAUGCACAUCCAAAUGCCUAAUGCGAUGCCGCACCUCGACAAGGAGCGGACGCUGCACGAGGACACCGCCAACCGCAGGGACGGCCGCUUCGCAGAAAACACAUCACGCCACGCAACUCACCAAGCGCCCGAAGAUCCGCAAAUCUACCAGACGUCGCGGGUAGAUUGCCUGCCGUCAGGGCGUCUCGGGAAGCUACGCAUUCACCGCAGCGGCAAAAUUCAGCUCCACGUCGGCGGCCACGUGUUCAACUUCGCGCAAGGCAGCCGAGUGAGUUGCAAACAACAAGUGGGUUGCCUGCUGGAGGAGAACGACGAGUUCCUGUUCCUCGGCAACUAUCGCAAGAAGUUCGUGGUCUCACCGGACUUCAGCGCCAUGUGGAACAAGCAGUGA